AUGGAGGACAAUCGGAAACGUAACAUGGAGCGGCGACGUGAGACCUCGCGCUUCGCAGCACGUGACCGUCGAGGAAAGGAAGCUGACAUUUUUGGAGAUUUGAAAGAUGUUGUUCCGAUAGUUGAGGAAGGCACUAUAACGCAUUUAGACCGAAUUGCUCUACUACGUGUAGCAGCCACCGUAUGUCGACUAAGAAAAACCGCAGGAAACGUCCUUGAAAAUGACCUCUCUCGGGAGAAGGGGGUCGAUAUUUGGAACGAAGACACCAUCAGUGAAUGUCUGGAUGGCUUUGUCAUUAUCGCCGACAGCGAUUCGACAAUACUUUAUGUCACCGAAAGUAUUGCUAUAUACCUGGGAUUGACACAGACUGACCUAACUGGCAGAACUCUUAAGGAAUUUUUCCACCCGGAUGAUUACGAUGAACUGGUCAAAAUUGGAGCUGAACUCCAUAAACCCCGUGAUGUAGAUUGCUAUGAACAAGACGGCACUACUAUUGUAUUUCGCAUGAAGACUGUUAUAAGUCCAAGAGGAAGAUGCUUAAAUCUGAAGAGUGCACUUUAUAAACCUGUUUCAUUCCUGAUUCAUUCGAAAGUUUCAUCAGGCGGACAUGUACUUUUGAUGCAAGGCGUUACAAUUCCAGCCGGCCAAGGUUCAAUCAAUGCAAAUGCGUCGGCUCUCACCAAGGAUAGUGAUGCACCAACCGGAGCAUUCAUGACUCGUCAUACGUGUGAUAUGAGGAUUUCUUUCGUGUCGGACAGGUUCAACUACAUUUUGAAAAGCGAACACAAAUCCUUGAUGGGAUCCAGCUUCUAUGAUCUUGUUCAUCCGAGUGACAUUGCAAUUGUCUCGAAGGCAAUGAAGGAAUUAUUCAUGAAGGGGCACGUCAGAACGCCUUAUUAUCGCCUUGUGGCCGCCAAUAAUACGUUGGCUUGGGUGCAAACAGAAGCCACUACUAUUUCUCAUACUACCAAAGGACAGAAAGGGCAAUAUGUUAUCUGUGUCCAUUUUGUACUUGGUAUCCAAGGCCAAGAGGAAUCAUUGGUCAUAUGCACUGAUGCAAUGCCAGCUGGAAUGCAAGUCAACAUUAAGAAAGAGAUUGAUGACACUAGAGAUUAUAUUGGACGUCAGCCGGAGAUUAUUGACUGCGUCGAUUUUGCGCCUUUAAUUCCUAAUGAUGAUACACUUGAAGUCGAGGCGUUGCAACCGAUUUGCGAUGAAAACCAGCCUUCGUCCAACAUGGGUAUUUACUCUGUGACUGAUGAGUACGAAGAGCGGAUGUACGGCGAAGUGUUGAAUCACUAUCGGAAAAGAUCGUGUGAAUCGGCGUCAGAUCACGAAUAUGAUAAUGAUCUGCCGUCGGACACCGAAUCAAUUGAGGACGCCGGUUUAGCUCCGGAGUUCGACGUUCCCCUCAGCUCAUUUGUCCCAUUCGGCGACGAUUUUGAGAAUUCCGAACCGAAACAAAUGAAUCUAUUGGAAAAUGACAAGGAGAUCAUUGUUUCGAAGAAUGACCAAAAUGAGCUUGACGAGGAUGAGGACAGCUUCCAUGAUGUUCUUCAAUGGCUAUUUCGCGACCAGCCAGACAGCCCGCCGCCGCCAGCGCCGAGUCGGCAUCGAUCAACAGCUCGAUGCGAAACGCGUACGAGACGCAGCGAGUAUUCGUCGACGAGUCGCGAUCCCCCUUUGGCCUCGGCGCAAUUCGUGGAUUCGCCGGAUUGUCCCAGACCGACAGCGAUGCCGAUCAGCUAUUCAGCACGACGAGCGCGCAGCUCAGGAGUCAAUAAUGGAAGAUCAUCACAAUCGAACUUUUCGCCACUUGCCGAUGGACUUUCACAGUGCGGGAUCAACAGCCCCCCGAGGUGUAUUAAAUCUGCAAAAAUGCCCUACGGAGACAGUAGACCUUUGGUCGGCGGCGUCGGUUCAGUCGAUCCGCCACGACGCCUUUCCACCGUUCAAAUAUCCGAUGCUCUCGAUGUGCCGUCCGCUGACGUGGCUACAGGAGCACCCGUCGACUCCUCCAUUAUGUUCCCCGCUAUGCCUUUUACCAAUACUGACACUUCCUCAGCGGCGACGCUGAACUUAGAGCCGAUAGUAUGCGAUGAUCUACAAUGGGAGGAACCGGAUUUGUCGGGAUUGGCGCCAUAUGUCGACGCCGGCGACAUGGUGCAAAUCGAUGAGCAACUACCACCCGAGCUUCAAGCCCUCUACGACUUGCCGGAUUUCACUCCAGCUGCUCCAUCGGUUCCUGCGGCGCGACCAAACAUCCAUUACGUUUCAAGUCCACCCGCAAAACGCAUGGCACCAAAUACACCAAAUUACUUCACCGCCGAGUUUGAGCAAAAUUAUUGGCCAAAUCAAGAUAAUCAGCAACGUUGGCAACAAGAAGCUCCGCUAAAUCCCGCGUUUUCCUCCUCCUCCUCAUUUUCAACAAUUUCUUAA